CAAAACUAACCACGAUGGGUGCCAUACAAUCAGUUGUGAUCGGUUAUAGGAAGUGUACUCGUCUGGAGAUAUGGCUUGCUUCAGUUAUAUUCCCUCCGUUGAAGAGUAUUUUGCAGCAUAUUCAACGACACUCAUAGUGCUACUGACAAUUUGUUCGAUUAGUUUACUUCUGGUAGCUACUCUGUAUACACGAGUAGUGAAAGUUGUUGUAACCCAAUACAGCAAACCCGGUCGAAUAGAACUGAUACUAACUAACGUUAUCUAUGUGGUUGUGGUAGUCUUUUCUAUAAUAUCCCUGGCAGUUCCUUUGUUUUCAGAGAAGCUAGAUUUGGUGUCAUAUAUUAUUUUUUCCUGGUGCAUAUUUACAUUUUAUAGAUACAUAAGACUGGCUGCAGGCGGCCACAAUGCUCUCAAGGAAACGUACGAGUUGAACAUACAAUCCUUAGCAACAGGAAACCGAUUGCGACGUGCAAUUCGUAAACUUUUCGCAAAAUACAUUACGGUGCGAUUAUCCAUUCUUCAGUUUCCAAUUGUAACCACAAUCAUUUCGGGAACUCAAAUUGGUUUCUAUUCAGCAGACGAGGAUUUAUAUCACCGUACCAGUGCCAGUAUUCUACCACUUCAUCUUAUUUCAAUAAUCCUCUAUUUGAUUGCAUUCGCAUUAUUAAUCAAAAACAUAGAAUCAACAUUUACGGAUCUACAAAUCAAGCAAAAAUUUAGACUUCUUCGACUGGUAGUGUUAGUGUUGCGUAUUCAAGUUUCAAUAUUGGAGAUAAUUUUCCGAAAUGUAUACAUCAAUUGUGAUAGCUUUGCGGGGGCAUCUAGGUCGAUAUUCAAUUUUGUCAAACAGAUGCUGAUAGUGACUGAAAUAAGCAUACUAGCGAUUGUGACCUGGAAAGUGUACCGAAGGGAAGAGAAGGACUUCAAUGAUAUGUAAACAAUUGAACGAGUGGAUUUAGAUAAGAUAUAUGUAAGUGCGUGAUUUUAUUGAUUUUUAGCAUAUUUAUUAGAUAGCUAGUCCAAAACCAGCAAGCAAAAUCAGGAAAAAGAACUCAGCUCCAACUUAUUACAAUUUUGGAUUUAAAUAACAAAAUUACUCGAGUGUUUGAAUGGUUGAUUGACGUUGAAAAAUUAGCUUUAAGCAUUUGAAAUUGAUCGCCUCCAUCUUAGAUUUCCGAUUUUCGUUUUACACCUGUUUCAGAAAAAUAAGUCUACGUCUAAAUAUUCAUAUUACUUUUUAUAACUAUCCUCCAUUGCUCCAUUAUGCUUAAUAUUCUACCAUAUAUUUACAAUCGUCUUUCGAUUUGAGAACAAACAUGUUAUUUCAAGAUAAGGUGUACAAAAACUUUCAGUCGGCAGUAGAGUAAAUUUCAUGUUUUAUUUCGAAAUCACAACUGAGUAACAAAAUAUCUAUCGUAACUACUAUUCAACUUCGGCAUGUUUAUUUGUCACUUGUUGAAUGUCUAAUUAGUUUCAUUGAAACAACGGCAUUGCAAAUGUUACCAGUGUGUUGCCCUGAAAUAAAAAGCUUGACAAAUCUUGUCACGAAAUAACCUAUUUUGCCUACGAUUUUGUUACAGUGUAACGAAAGCAUUUUUGACAUUUGUUGUUUGUUGUCGACUGAAAAUGGUUGCGAUUUUAUCGUAUCGAAUUCGAAAACAAAGUAGCGAUGGCGUUUUGUGUUGUGCAGAUAAGGAAAUCAAAAAAAUUCCUACCAACUAUGACGGUGGUGCCGGCCGGUUGAGUGGAGGAAAAGAUGGUUUACUGGCCACCUAACAACAUCAUCAGUUUGGCAAAAAAUGUCGAAUCCAUCUCAGAUAAGGAGAGUUGGAAGAAAAAAAAAUGUAAGCAGCUUGGGCGUGUCCAAACUUUGCAAGACGCAGAGAGCCUGAUGAAAGCUAUGGAACGAGUAACGGAUUCCGAAGAUGCUGCUGAAAUGGGUCGUGGUACAAGGAAAACACCAGCCAAGAAGCAACCAAAGUUCAAAUCUAAGAGCUACAAUUUAGUUCCACAACAAUGGAUUUCACCGGGAUCAAGUGAGCCAUGUGGUGUUUCUACUGAUGCAGUACCGUUCCCAGAUCAACCGUCGCAGACUGUAGCAUCUUCAUCGAUGACAAAACCGUUUGCUGCUGUUGCCGCUACUCAUGGUCGUGCUAUGACAUUAAAGCAUACUUCAGGAAUAUCUCACGUAGCAACAACGAAGUCGUCCACUUCGCCUCAUAUUGUUAUUUCUGGUUAUGAGCAAAAUUUAGUUUCAAGUUAACAUGAAGGUAUCAACUACGAAACUACAGGAACGAUUAGUGCUCACGGUGGGCGACAGGCUUCCGUUCAUUCACUGCAAACAACACCUUUUCCACAAGAGAGUACUCCAGUAUCAGAUAUUUCUCAGCAAAUUAGUAUACCUGUUGUAAUGGGGUCAGAUGGACAACAAUACGCACAACUUGCCAAUGAUUCAUAUUACGUGAUCACUGAUAGCAGCAAGAAUGCUGACGUGGCAGACACAUAAACAACAAACCUCAUAAAACACGACGAGCUCGACCUGGGCAUGGAAAAUAAUGAAGAAUUUGGCAAUGCCUCUCCUACUUUGAUGGAAGGAUAUAGUCAACAAAUAGUAACUUGCGAGCUGCAGAAAAUCCAAAUCCAGUUGAAUGAGCUCAACGGAAAAUUCAAAUCAGAAGCGACUAAUGAUUAAUAUAUUAAUAUAUAUUAUAUUAAUUUCGUAACUGAUGGUA